AUGACCGUCUCACUCACAUAUCCACCUACUCGCGGUGGAGAGUAUGUUAUCAGCUUGGAUGGGGCAGAGGGGCAGCGCAAGGAUAGUGUAUGGAGCGUAUCGAUGCAGAGCCAGUUCGGUGACGAUCACGUGAGCUUGGUCGACGACGAUUCGGACGACGAUGAUGAAGAUGGAGUCAACGAUCGAUCGGAAUUGUACCCGAUCAAGAAGAGAGGAAGGAUAGAGAAAAGCGAAAGGAGGAACUCGAGAGAGGGACUACGGCGCAUCGAAUGGAGAGAGUCGUACACGGCCCGAGGAUGGGUGGAUCGUCGGUGGGAGACGGUGGAGGGGCGCCGCCCCAGCGGUGGCGGAUUUGGUCGUGCUCAUCUUGCUGCUCUUUCUGACGUCGAUGAAGGUCAUGGAUGGAACGUAUAUUAAAGAGGAGAUUUGAGGGAGGGGAAGAAUCGAAAGUAGUCGACUCGGCGGAACUCGGUCCGCCACGAUCGGGCCUGGGCACGAGUGUGAAGCUCGACUCGAAUACAUUGCACCCUCGAGGCUCAAGCUUCAAGAAGCAGUGGGAACGGAACCGAAAUUUUUGGUGAUGGACGGAGACGAUGCCAGAAAGUGAGUCUGUCUGAAGCAGGCUCGAAGAAGCAGGCUCCGAAACUUAGAGAGCUCUUUGCCUACGCCCCAGCUUUUACGAUUUGCGUGUAAUCAUCGAGACCGUACUCAACCUCGCAACCAUCUCGAGGCGGAUACCAUUGAUUCCUGGGCAUGUAUGGAUGCGCUCUUGCCGCGUCAAAACGUGAGUGGGGUAACGUCUACAGUGCGAGAUGAGGAUCUUACUGAUCACCUCCUCUCGGCCCACGAAACAGCGAGGACUGUGUUCCAGAUCGUCGAGCUCCUUCGGACCGCGCAUCUCCUCUUCGUCUAAGACCAUCUCUUCUCCCUCUUCAUCUGCGGCUUCAUUGAGGUUUCCUUGGAAAUCGUCUUCGUCGCCGUUUUCGUCCGCCUCUCCGCCUCAUUCUCGAUCCAUAUCAUCGGCGUUAUCGUUAUCGACCGCCAUUGGGAUCGCGUGACCGACUGCUGCCGGCAAAAGACGUCCCCGAAGGUCAGAAUGGAGAUUGGCCAAGAUGAGUGA